AUGGAAAAAAAUAUGUUCAUCAAUAACCCAUCUGCACACUUACCUUUCUCUUACACCUUCACUAGUAGCAGCAACAGUAGCACAACCACUAGCACAACCACAGAUUCAACCUCCGGUCAGUGGAUGGACGGUCGGAUUUGGAGCAAGCUACCUCCUCUAAUUCUUGACCGUAUCAUCGCUUUUCUUCCACCUCCUGCGUUUUUCCGGUCACGUUGCGUCUGCAAAAGAUUCUACGGUCUACUUUUCUCCAACGCUUUCCUCGAGAUAUACCUACAACAACUUCCUCCCCGACACAACUGUUUCCUCUUCUUCAAACACAAAACCCUAAAAAGCUACAUCUACAAGAGAGGAGGAGAAGGAACGAACGAUGAUGGUUCCAAUAAAGCUGAAGGCUUCUUGUUUGACCCUAAUGAGAUCAGAUGGUAUCGUCUCUCUUUUCCUUACCUCCCUUCAGGGUUUUAUCCUUCAGGUUCAUCUGGAGGGUUAGUGAGUUGGGUCUCUGAAGAAGCUGGUCUUAAAACCAUUCUCUUAUGUAACCCUCUUGUUGGAUCAGUGAGUCAGUUGCCACCAAUGUCAAGGCCAAGGCUGUUCCCUUCAAUAGGUCUCUCAGUAACUCCAACUUCCAUUGAUGUGACCGUCGCCGGAGACGACCUCAUAUCUCCUUACGCCGUGAAAAACCUCUCCUCUGAGAGUUUCCAUGUCGAUGCCGGAGGGUUCUUCUCCCUUUGGGCGAUGGCUUCAUCUCUGCCACGGCUUUGUAGCUUGGAAUCAGGUAAGAUGGUUUACGUGGGGGGCAAGUUUUAUUGUAUGAACUAUAGCCCUUUUAGCGUUUUGUGCUAUGAGGUUACGGGGAACCGUUGGAUCAAGAUUCAAGCUCCGAUGAGGAGGUUUCUCCGGUCUCCAAGCUUGCUAGAGAGCAAAGGAAGGCUCGUUCUAGUGGCAGCCGUUGAGAAAAGCAAGCUUAACGUUCCUAAAAGCCUUAGGCUUUGGAGUUUGCAGCAAGAUAACGCCACGUGGGUGGAGAUCGAGAGGAUGCCUCAGCCGCUGUACACACAGUUUGCCGUGGAAGAAGGUGGAAAAGGAUUUGAGUGUGUUGGAAACCAAGAGUUUGUAAUGAUUGUGUUGAGAAGGGCUUCGUUGCAGUUGCUGUUUGACAUGGUGAGAAAGAGUUGGUUGUGGGUCCCACCGUGUCCAUACUCGGCUAGCAGCAGCAGCAGUGGUGGCCCAGGUGGUUUAGAGGGAGAGGUGCUGCAGGGUUUUUCUUAUGACCCGGUACUUACUACACCGGUUGUUAGUCUUCUUGAUCAAUUAGCACUCCCAUUCCCUGGAGCCUGUUAG